GGCCGCGCGCCGCCCUUCUCGUGGCGCAAGCUGUGGCUCUUCACGGGGCCCGGGUACCUGAUGAGCAUCGCGUUCGUGGACCCCGGGAACAUCGAGGGCGACCUCCAGGCCGGCGCCACGGCCGGCGGCUCGCUGCUCUGGCUGCUCCUGUGGUCCACGGCAAUGGGGCUGCUCGUGCAGCUGCUCGCCGCGCGCCUCGGGGUCGCCACGGGGAGGCACCUCGCCGAGCUCUGCCGCGACGAGUACCCGGACUGGGCGCGCCGCGCGCUCUGGCUCAUGGCCGAGGUGGCCCUGGUCAGCGCCGACAUCCAGGAGGUCAUCGGGAGCGCCAUUGCCAUCAAGAUCCUCAGCCACGGCUGGUUGCCGAUUUGGGCCGGCGUUGUCAUCACCGCAUUGGAUUGCUUUAUUUUUCUUUCCCUAGAGAACUAUGGGGUGAGAAAAUUGGAAGCUUUGUUUGCAGUUUUAAUUACAACAAUGGCCUGCUCCUUUGCAUGGAUGUUUGUAGAAACCAAGCCCAGAGGGAAAGACCUAAUCGUUGGUAUUCUGGUUCCAAAACUGAACUCAAGAACAAUAAAACAAGCUGUUGGUCUUGUUGGAAGUGUUAUCACACCCCAUAAUGUGUUCCUCCAUUCUGCUCUUGUGCAAUCAAGAAAAAUUGAUCCAGAAAAGGAAUAUGAAGUCCGUGAAGCGUUGAGGUACUAUUCCAUUGAAUCCACCAUGGCAUUGGUAGUGCCCUUCAUGAUAAAUUUAUUUGUCAUGACAGUUUUUGCAAAAGGGUUUUAUGGUACCAAAGAAGCAGAUAGUAUUGGUCUUGAGAAUGCUGGAAAAUAUUUACAUGAGAAGUUUGCGGGUGAUUUUUUCCCUGUCCUCUAUAUUUGGGGUGUUGGGCUAUUAGCUGCUGGCACAAGUAGUACCAUAACAGGAACUUAUGCUGGACAGUUUAUAAUGGGUGGGUUUCUGAAUUGGCGGUUGAAAAAAUGGAUCCGGGCAUUAAUCACUAGAAGCUUUGCAAUCGUGCCAACUAUAAUUGUUGCUCUAUACUUCAACACAUCUGACACUGCAUUAGAUGUUCUCAAUGAAUGGCUCAAUGUGCUCCAAUCAAUCCAGAUCCCAUUCUCACUAAUCCCACUGGUAACAUUGGUUUCUAAGGAGGAAGUCAUGGGAGUUUUCAAGAUAGGUCCAAGAACAAAAAUUGCUUCUUGGACAGCUGCAUCCGUUCCAAUCAUAAUAAAUAGCUACAUGUUGUUGGAUUUCUUCUCUUCAGCAGCGGAAGGACUGUUGUCUACUUCAGCUCUCUGUGUGGCCGUGGUUGCUUAUGCUAUGUUCAUAUUGUAUCUCAUUUUCCGAGGCACGGAAUUCUCUAACCAUUUUGCGACAGGGGUACACAAGAACACCUUAGCGUGACAAAGGACAGGAUAAAUCAUUUUGCUCCAUGAUGGCUUCCUGACAUUAAGAAAAUGAGCUAUUGGAGUGCAUGGUGUACAUAGGAAGGAGAAGAUUCAAUCAUUGACGAGAGCUCUGCCUACUACGAAUGUUGUAUAGUCUUCGUCUAUACAUUGAACUCUGGCUGCAAAUGGAAGCAGACAAUGGAGAUGAAUAACCGUCAUGAUUGUCAUUGUAUAUGUCCCAGCAAUUUCUUGUUUCAUGGUACGUGGAUGGCAGAUAGGGUGAGGGAGACACAGGAGUUAAACAAGACACUAGAUAUUAGAAGUAAGGUGAUGAUGCAUGUUCGUGUAAUACAUUCGAGUGUACGAGAUCAAUGUUGUCAUGUAAUUAGAGUACUUCCUCCGUUCCAAAUUGUAGUCCGUUUCAAAUUAUAGGUCAUUUUAGCUUUUUUAAUUCAUAGAUAUUAUUGUGCAUCUAGAUAUAAUAGUUGUAUAAUAAUAUCUAUGAAUCUAGAAAAGUCAAAACGAUCUACAAUUUAGAACGGAGGGAGUAGCAACUAGCAACUCUCUUUAGUUAUA